CAAAGUUUCAUUGUAAAUAAAUGAUUGCCUGUUUUUCCUGAUUCCACUUAACUUUAUAUUAUAUCAAAUGAAGUUUUGGGACAGAUUUUGUAAGUUUACUAUCGGCUUUAGAUGCAGAUAAUAUCAAAUUUCUUGUUGUUGAACAAUCGAUUAAUACCACGAAUUUGUCAGCUACCACAGAUUUUGUUUCACAGACCUCCCCAUCUUUUUUGCAUUCAGAAUUUGCUACAUGCUCCCCAAGUUUGUCUCUUCAGGCUACUAGAACUCCAAUUUCACGAUCCUGGUCGGUGUUGUCUUGUCUUCGAGAGCUUCGAUCACUGUGAGAUGACAUCAUGUCUUCAAAGCCAAAUCAGGAAAAUUGGAGAAAGAACCAAGCAAGAUCGAUUUCAUCAGAAGAUUUGUGGACAAAGAAGAAUGGCGUUGCUACCGAUCCUUUUCCUACCACAGCAGAGAAAUCAGCAUCAUUGUCAUCCAUACAUCGGGAUCACUCAUCCAGAAGUAACACGAUUAUUAAGCCAAUGGAAAUUUCAUUUUUAUCUCAACCCAUAACAGGAGUCUCCGAGUCGAAGAAUUACACACCUUCUACUGCUUUAACUAUAAAUUCGUCGAUUAUUAAGCCUUCUUCAUCUUUCGCUACCAAUACUGCCAGUUCACAAGUUGCUAAUCAUCCGACGACAACGACCUUUUGUGCUUCCAAUUUACCAGUUGCUAAUAGAGCUAUUCCAGUAGCUGUUAUUACUUCCAUUCCGUCAUCUGCUUACGCGAUGUCAAAAAUUGCAACUUUGCCUUCUGCUAGAACACUUACUCCAUCAAGUAUUGCAGAUUUCACUUCUCAAACUAUAAAAUCUUCCUCCAAUCCAACUUCUAGAAACAGCAUUUCACCGGAUACGGGAAGCUUUGCUUCGUCUAUUGUGGAAAGAGCACCUGCAUCAGUUAAAAGAACAUCUUCUUGGCCAUCAAGAAAAACGUAUGAUUCGCCAACCAAAAGAAUGCAUGCUUCAACUGCAAAAUCAGAAUUUAAAUUUCCAAUAAAAUACCCCAUAUGUAUCUUGGCUGGUGCUUCUUUAGGUGAAGCUAAAAGUGAUUCAAAUGCUCCUAGCUCUCAGCAUGGUUUAUUGCAUCCAAAAGUAAUUAAUUUCAGACAUAUGUCAGGUAAUACCGGAGAACAGACUGCAUUUGGAGAAUACAAUCAUCAUCCCACUGACCGGACUGGAAAUAUUUUGCAAGAUGCUUCUGUCUCAAAUACUAUAGGAGAUUCGUUCCCGACGACUGGUAAAGCUGUUACAGAUACAGAUUCAUUUUCAGUUGAAGCCUAUAGAGAUUCCGAUUCGCCGAGAUUUCAUAGAAAAUUGUCAAGUUCUCUUGUUAAUAUUUCUCCAGAGCCUGCAGUUGCAGAUACUGAAGAUCUGAGCGGUGCAUAUGCCAAAGAAAGUAAUCCAAUACAUGAAAAUCAGCCUCACAUUAUUCGUAAGCGAUUAUUUCCACCAACUGAAAAUGUAGGCGAGUCCGUCACUCAGUACUCAUAUGAAAACUCAAAUCGUCCAACCGAUUCAAUUCCUUUUCAACACAGUAAUUUUACACCAAGUUUUCCAAGUAAUCAUAAAACAUAUCAAGAACCAAAAACAUACUAUGGAGACACCGCGUCAGGUUUUUCAAUAGAUGGAAUCCUAGACUGUUCGACUAGUUCUAGUUUUAAACUUAAAACUGAUUAUCAGACCGAAGCUAAAAUGCCUAGUUCUCAUUCUUCAUCAAAUUUGGCAGAUAAUUAUAAUCAACGGACUGAGGAUCUUGUAAAUACAGAUGUGAAUGUUAUACAAACCUCGGUUGACAUAGCAAUAAAAAAUAGCUUUCAACGUUCUGAAUGUUCGCCGUAUGCAUUUGUCUCUGAAGAAGAUCCAGAUAAUGCUAUUUUUGCAAAUAAAGCAACGAAUAUUCUAAGGUUCUUACCUCGGCAUAUAUCAAAUGAAUGUAAAGAUUACAUAUUGCAGUUCUUAGAUCAAGUACUUCAAUAUAGUGAGAAAAAUGGAUUGUUAGAAAAUUAAUUUGUAGUAUUCGAUUAGAUGACUAU